GCGUGGGCGGCGCUGGCUGCUGGGGACGUGGCGCUAUGAAACCACAGGGAUCUGGGCUCAACUCCAGAGCCCGCCGGUAAAUGGGCAGGUUAAUCUGGGUAGAACCCGGAUACUCAUCUGUAAGAGCACAAUAGCCUUUAGGGUCGUUUCUUGUAUUAAAUAGGGUAGUGUAUAUGAAGUAUGAUAAGGCUUCAAUAAAGCCAACAGGAAAAACCUGUUUAGAUUAAAAAAUGUCCAGAUUCAUCAAGAUUAUAUGAGUCACCAGUGGACAGGUGAUCCUGACUUCAAGAUAAGGUCUCUUAGGACUUCUGUCUUUCAACUUUCCCUGUCCUGACUUCAUAGUUUCUAUACUUUCCAUUAGCAGCAGAAAAUGAACAAGUACAGGGGACCAGUAACAUUUAAGGAUGUUACUGUGGAAUUCACCCAGGAGGAAUGGAAAUUGCUGGACACUGCCCAGAGGACCCUAUAUAGAGAAGUGAUGCAGGAGAACUACAGUCACCUCAUCUCAGUAGGCUAUUGUGCAAAUAGGCCAAAUGCAAUCUUCAAGUUGAAGCAAGGAAAAGAACCAUGGAUAUUAGAAGUACAAUUUCCACAUCAGAACAAGCCUGAAGACAUAUGCAAUACUAAUGACCAAGGAGCAAGAUGCCCGGAAAGCCAAGCUGAAAAUUCAAGGAAUGGAGAACUCAAGAAACAUCAGAAAACUCAUACCAAUGAGAAAACCUAUAAAUGUAAUCAAUGUGGAAAGUCCUUCUACCAGAAGUCUAUCCUCAUAAUACAUGAGCAUACUCAUUCAAAGGACAAACCCAGUGAAUGUGAGAAAUCCGUCUCUCAGAACGGACACCUCACAAGGCAACCAAAAACUCCUACCAGAGAGAAGACCUAUGAAUGUAAAGAAUGUAAGAAAACUUUCUACCAUCUGUCAUCUCUCAGUAGACAUUUGAGAACUCAUGCAGGAGAGAAACCGUAUGAAUGUAAUCAGUGUGAGAAAUCCUUCUACCAGAAACCACACCUCAUGGAACAUCAGAAAACACACACAGGAGAAAAACCCUUUGAAUGUACUGAAUGUGGGAAGUUCUUCUAUGUUAAGGCAUACCUCAUGGUACAUCAGAAAACACACACAGGGGAGAAACCAUAUGAAUGUAAGGAAUGUAGGAAGUCCUUUUCCCAGAAAUCACACCUCACAGUACAUCAGAGAACACAUACAGGGGAGAAACCCUAUAAAUGUAAGGAAUGUGGGAAAUUCUUCUCUAGAAAUUCACACCUCAAAACUCAUCAGCGAACUCACACAGGAGAGAAACCCUAUGAAUGUAAGGAAUGUGGUAAAUGCUUCUACCAGAAGUCAGCCUUAACAGUACAUCAGCGAACUCAUACAGGGGAGAAACCCUUUGAAUGUAAUAAAUGUGGAAAAACCUUUUACUAUAAAUCAGACCUCACUAAACAUCAGAGAAAACACACAGGGGAGAAGCCCUAUGAAUGUAAUGAAUGUGGUAAAUCUUUCUCUGUGAAUUCAGUCCUCAGAUUACAUCAAAGGACUCACACAGGAGAGAAACCCUAUGAAUGCAAGGAGUGUGGGAAAUCCUUCUCUCAGAAGUCACAUUUUGUCAUACAUCAGAGAAAACACACAGGAGAGAAACCCUAUGAAUGUAAGGAGUGUAAGGAAACAUUUUUUCAGAAAUCAAAACUCACUGCACAUCAGAAGACACACACAGAAGGGAAAAUCUUAUAAACAAUAUCAAUUGGAGAAUUCUGUCUGAAUUUGUCCUUCAGAAUAAUCAGAUAACUCACACAAGACAAAAAACCUUAUGAAAUAUCAUCAAUAUAGGAAAACUUCAGCCACAUUCUUUCAUCAUGGAGAGAAAUUCUAUAAAUCUCUUAGGGAGAAAUUUUUACCAUAUGUCAGACUUUUACUGAAUUUCAGACAACAUACAUGGUAGAAACACUACAAAUGGUAAAACAUGAGGGAAACCUCUCUUUCAGAAGUCAUACUUUAUUGUACAACAUAUAAACCAUACAAGAGAAAUCUAUAAGAAAAAUGAAUAUCAGGAAAUUUCUGUCAGGGUAGCCAUCAUAAAUGAGAGAUUUCUAUCAGUAUCCUGAGCAUUCAGAAAUCUUUUUAUACCUGUUGAACUAAUUAGCACA